CCGGCGAAGCGGCCGGUGGCUGCCUCAGAGUCCGCUGAACUCAGAGCGCGCGCGCGAUCUCCAGAGCCCGCUGGUUUCGCCCUCGGCUACUUGCUCGGGGCGGCGUUAGAGGGACGGCGGUGCUGCCUGGCGGGGUGGUGCGGGAGGGAGUGAGCAGCUGCGGGCAGCGGCGAUCUGGGCAUGGGGAACGCGAGCGCCAGGGCGGUGGAGAACGGCCACGCGGCGGCGCCGAUGGAGCAGGUGGCCGUGGGCCCCGUCGGCGGGAGCUCCGCCGAGGCCGCGGCGCCGCCGGACGCCGUGAUGCGGGAGCUCCCUCCUCCGGUCCCCUACGUCUUCGCGCCGCAGGUUCCAGUAGCUCCGCUGCAGAUACCGAAUGAAUUUUCACCUGUUUUUAACCAUUCAUGGAUGAAUGGUUCGGAUGAAUCCACCAACAAUAACCCCCCGGAGAUUGAAAUUCCAACUUUAAUUACAUGGAGUCAAGGAGGAAACGAGGUGUUUGUGGAAGGAUCAUGGGAUAACUGGACAUCAAGGAAGGUGUUAGAGAGGUCUGGGAAAGAUCACGCUGUGUUGUUGGUUCUGCCAUCUGGAAUAUAUCAUUACAGGAUGAUUGUUGAUGGGGUGCCGAGAUAUGUGUCCGAACUACCUCAUGUGACUGAUGAAAGAGGGCAGGUGGCCAACCUCCUUGAUGUCCAUGUCAGAGUAUAUCCCAGAUAGUCUUGACAGCGUGGCGGAGUUCGACGCGCCCCCAUCGCCUGAGCAGUGACAUCGUCUUCAAUUUUUUCCUCUUUUCUUUUCUGAAUGAACUUGGGCAGUGACAAAAUAAACUGUAUACCAAAAAAAGGAACAUUUCUUAGAGAGAGACAAAAUGAAAAAAAAAAGGGUCUGAACGGAUGAUACUUUGCUGUUCUGACAAGAAACAAGCUGCUUUGGACAAAGCUCCGGUUCUCCAAGCAAUCAGAGGCCAGAUUUUGUCUUCUACAUGGUAUUAAGAGGUCAGUUUUUUCUUUUUUGAGACAAAUUUAGAUGUCAGAUAGUCUUCACUCAGCUGAUCUCUCCGCGAAAUAAGCCCACGGGCCUUUUCAUCGCGAGACGCGAAAAUGCCCGUAUGCUUGCUCCUGUGAUGUGAGCGAUGGACUGGUGUCUGAUCUGACGGUGACGGAGCAGUGACCUGGUCCGGCUUGCUACCUCCAUCGCCUUGACUCGUCCGCCUCUUCCCUCCUCGCAAGGCUUGAGAUAAAUACCGAUCACAUCGUCCCAUUUAGUACGGCGACUUUGUUGUGACUUUGAA